GGCAAGUUCCAGUGUGAAAUGCUGGGCAGGCAUGUCUCCGCCAACUGUUAUGUUCACUUUGAUCAUCCUCUCCAGCUGCUAGACUCUCCUUAAACUUGUAUUUUACAACCUUUGAACUGUCUCGGAUAUACUUGCAAGGAUAUACUCGCAGAGCUCGCUGGAAACCUUUACCUUCUCUAUCCAUGUCAUCUCCUGGUUACCUGACAUCACCACUGUCACCUGGCCGUCCCUUGUCUCGACCGUCUUCUCGAAACUCUGUCAUUUCACAGAACGGAAGGUCGUCUAGUCCAAUAGUUACUCUCCAAGAAGAAACUGGUAAGCUGCACGUAUUCUGGUUGAAUUCCAAUACCGAAUGCCAGGUACCAUGUGUCAAACAUGCCCUUUCGAUGGUUUUCAUACUGCUGGAUGUCGAAUAUGGUUGGGAACAGCUGCAGGGGCUCAGAGUCUUUUCAAAGGCUUCCAUGUCCCUUGAAGCUAUCCCGAUCAUCUUUCCCAAUCCAGAAGUAUGCAGGAACCUAUCAUCCUGACUGAUGAAGAGUGGAACUCUAAGAUUGCAUCUGAACGCCGCUCUUGGACUCCAGGCGCACAAUGAAUAUAUCGGCCGCUUCAUUCUAUUUGUACGGACAAGGGUUGCUUUACAAAGGACCAUAUCUAUAUACAUCCUGGAGCCUUCCCCUUGACCCAACCGCUUCCCUUCGAGGCAUACUUCUGAAUUUCCAAAUUGUAAUGAUGCUGUCAAGCAUUAUCUGUUAUUGGCGCUGCCUCAUAACCAGGCUCCAAGCCUAAUCUCACGUCCAUCAUCUUCUGCUCUAACGACUCAGGGCGUUUCCCAUGUAUCGCCUCAACUGACCUUUUGCCUUCCGACUUUCCAGUUGCUAUUCGAACACAAAUGUCGACCCUCAAACACAACAUUCGACAGCAGCAAGCGCAGCUGCACAACCUGGAGAACACCCUCCUUCGUGGUCCACGACCACUACCUCCGGGCACAUUUAACUCAUCACCAUUAUCGCCCGAAUAUGAUCAGUUCUCUCCGCAACCGUCCUCUUCAAGUCCGACCAAAAUGGCACGACGAACGUCGUACGAAAUCCUUUCAGGACUGGCUGGUCCUGAUUCAAGUAUCCCAUUACCACGGCGAGAUACUCGAAGUUCAUCGUUUGGUGAUGAGAACGGUAUAAAGGAAGGCAUUCCGACUAGUGGCUUCGGCAAACUACGGCCGCCCAGCCCUACGCGGACAUUAAGUCGGAUUCCAGUCUCUUCUGUAGGUAACGCUCGUGCGCUAGCAGAAGAGAACUCCGACAACGGUGGUCUAAACGCCUCAACUUCUUCGAUACCUCAAUCAGCUUCACCCAAUCGUCGAGCCUCAUUCGCUCCUGGGAAUACAACGAAAGUACUGGCAGAUCUUCAAGCUGGCGUGUUGAAUGCAAAGAACGCAUUGGAGAAUACAAAGGCACAGUUGAGGUUGAGUCAGAGGCAGGUGAGUCAGUUGACGAGGCAGACAGAGGAUCUGAAGGAGGUCAGGGAGCGGUUGAGACUGGAGAAUGAGGGUCUCAAUAACGUGGUUGCAAGGAAAGAGCGGUUAUUGCAAGAGGUCCUUGAACGAGCGCGGAAAGCGGAGGCGGAGGCGGUAUCACUGAAAUCCCAACUCAAGACCGAAACUUCAACAUCCAAGAAAACCCUCCGUGAGAUGGAAUCUACACUCGCCGAAUCACAAGCCCGAUCGCAGAAAUCCGAACGCGAAUACAUCACCUUGCGAGAAUCCAUGAAAGGCUUGGUGGAGUCUUUCCGUCGGGAUACAGACAAUCUUCGAGAGGAGAUGCGCAAGCGGGAAGAGAAAGUUCGGAAAGAGGCUGAGGAGAUCGGGAAGAAGUAUGUCAGGCUGAUAGAAGAGGUGAAACGAGACCGGGAAAGUGGUGAGAGUGGGGAAGUGAAGAGGUUGGUGGAGGAGAAUGUGAGGGUUAGGAGAGAGAUCGAAGACGCUUUCAAAUCUGAGCUUGAUGAGAUGAAGGAAGAGGUAAAGAGGUCAAGUAAGGAGACGGAGCAGGCUCAGAAACAAGCAAAAAACACUGCAGACGAGCUCUCUCGACUUCGCCGCAUGAUACGGGCAAGCGUCUCGCCUUCAGUCUCAUCUAUUCCAGUUCCUUCAAGCACUUCCUCUCCUCCACAACACUAAGCAUGGUCUCAUUACCCUCGUUUCAGAUUGGUUGCUAUCGCUUUCCACACUCGUCCUCUCUAGUUUUCGUCUUAGUCUAUUAUCGCAGUACAUUCGCUUAUUUACAUACCCCUCUGCACCCACAACAUCGUGGAUUCACUUACUUACCCUAGAUAUCGGCAUCCAUACCUCAUUACCAUUAUGCAUUUUUUCUGCUCGCAGAUCUCCUAAGCAUACGGACCUGGUGCAUCUUGUCCUCGUGUAUGCUACUUUGACAGACAGUGUAGCGUCGUGGCGAGAAGGUGGAUCGAAAAAAGAAUGAAUUCUCGGGUAGAUCAUUAAGAUAUAUAAGGAGUGUAAGGAAGUAACCAAGAAAUAAUAAUAGCCUGUAGUAACGUGGUCCAGUGUUCAACUUAAGUAGAAGUCAUUGUCCCGAGUCUCCGAGUCAAAGCUUCCAACCUCCAGCAAGACCCAUAACAUUAUUAGGAUCAUACUGCGCCU